AUGGCCCCUGUAUCGACCUCAACCAUCAGUCAUCCCUCGGCAGGCCCGUCGUCGAGCAAGCGCAGAAUCGAUGAGCCACAUCAAUCGGCAUUCACCGAUACACUGAAACGACUCAAGGAAGAAGCCGACUCGAAUCAAGAGGUGGAUGACCAAGCACUGUGGCCACGUCCCUAUCUCGAGCCUCUGGAUGUCGACAAUGACGCUGUCACCUUCCAGCAGAUCGACAUUGAAGAGCACCAAGCAGUUGGUCAGCCACCCGCCAUUCGCAUGUAUGGCGUCACUGCCGAGGGCCAUUCAGUCUGCGCGCACAUCCAUGGCUUUCUUCCUUACUUCUACAUUCACGCACCGCGCGGCUUCACUGCCAACACCUGCAAUGACUUCAUCAACCAUCUCAACGUCCUCUUCGGCGGGCGCACUGUCCACAAAGCGGAGAUCGUCAGCAAGAAGAGUCUUAUGGGCUACGCCGGCCAGGAGAACGUUGCCUUUAUCAAGCUCACCAUCUCCGACCUUCGCAGCGUCCCAAGGAUCCGUGGCUCAUUCGAACGCGGCGAGAUUGGCUUCCGAGACCUCUUCACACCAGGCGAUGCAUGCCUCACCUACGAGAACAUCGCAUACACCCUGCGCUUCAUGAUCGACCUCAAGAUCGUCGGCAUGAACUGGAUCCGCGUCCAGGCUGCCAACUACAAGCUGCGUCCAGAUAGCCAAAAGAUCUCUCACUGCCAGAUAGAGCUCGACUGUAGCUGUGACGCCAUCGUCUCCCAUGCACCCGACGAUGACUGGUCGAAGAUCGCUCCUCUCCGCAUCCUUAGUUUCGAUAUCGAGUGUGCCGGUCGCAAAGGUGUCUUUCCAGAACCCUCGGUCGACCCCGUCAUCCAGAUCGCCAACAUGGUAACACGGCAGGGCGAAUCGACACCCUUCGUCAAAAACGUCUUCACUCUCAACACGUGCUCUCACAUCGUUGGCAGUCAGGUGCUCUCGUUCAACAAGGAGAUCGACAUGCUCGAGGCCUGGACCAAGUUUGUCCAAGAGGUCGAUCCGGACGUGGUCAUCGGCUACAACAUUGCCAACUUCGAUUUUCCCUACUUGCUCGAUCGAGCGAAAGCGCUCAAGUCGACCAAGUUCGCAUACCUCGGCCGUGAGCGAGGCGUUCGCACAGAAGCCAAGGACACCCACUUCUCCUCCAAAGCCUACGGCACGCGCGACUCGAAGAACACCGAACUGCAAGGUCGUCUUCAGCUCGAUAUGCUUCAAGUCAUGCAGCGUGACUACAAGCUGCGGUCCUACUCGCUCAACUCGGUCUCGUUCGAGUUCCUCGGCGAGCAGAAGGAAGACGUGCACCACUCGCUCAUCACCGAACUCCAAAAUGCAGGCCCAGAAUCGCGACGACGUCUCGCAGUCUACUGUCUCAAGGAUGCCUACCUCCCUCAGCGUCUCAUGGAUAAGCUCAUGUGUUUCAUCAACUAUAUCGAGAUGGCCAGAGUGACGGGUGUUCCCUUCAACUACCUCCUCUCGCGCGGUCAGCAGAUCAAGGUCGUGUCCCAGCUCUUCCGAAAGGCCAACGAGGACAACUACCUCGUCCCCGCUUACAAGGGCGAGGGAACCGAAGACCAGUACGAAGGCGCUACCGUUUUGGAGCCGAAGGCAGGAUACUAUGAUCGACCUAUCACCACGCUCGAUUUCGCCUCGCUGUACCCUUCCGUCAUGAUGGCGCACAACCUCUGCUACACCACAUUGCUCGACAAGAAGACGAUCGACCGACUCGAGCUCAAGCAGGACGACGACUACGUAAUCACGCCCAACAACAACUACUUUGCCACCAAGAAGCUUCGCAAGGGACUUCUUCCCACUGUCCUGGAGAACCUUCUCGCAGCUAGGAAGCGCGCCAAGGCCGAUCUCAAGAAGGAGACAGACCCUUUCAAACGCGCUGUGCUCGACGGUCGUCAACUUGCACUCAAGAUCAGUGCCAACUCGGUCUACGGUUUCACUGGUGCCACCAUCGGCAAGCUGCCCUGUCUCGAGAUCUCGAUGAGUACCACUGCCUACGGACGACAGAUGAUCGACCAGACCAAGGCGUACGUCGAAAGGCACUAUACCAUCGCCAACGGCUACGACCAUGACGCCGAGGUCGUUUACGGUGACACGGAUUCGGUCAUGAUCAAGUUCGGCACGCCCGACCUCGCCAAGGCGAUGGAGCUGGGCGCCGAAGCAGCAGGUCUCGUCUCUAAGACCUUUGUCGACCCCAUCAAGCUCGAGUUCGAGAAGGUCUACUUCCCUUACCUUCUCAUCAGCAAGAAACGCUACGCUGGUCUCUACUGGACCAAGACGGAAAAGUACGACAAGAUGGACACCAAGGGAAUCGAGACGGUGCGACGAGACAACUGUCGGCUGGUGCAGACCGUCAUCGAUACGUGCCUACGAAAGAUGCUCAUCGACCGCGACGUCAAGGGUGCUGAAGAGUAUGCCAAGAACAUCAUCUCGGAUCUGCUGCAGAACAAGGUCGACAUGUCGCAGCUCGUCAUUACGAAAGCGCUCGCCAAGGCAGACUACGCGGCCAAGCAGGCACACGUUGAGCUGGCGGAACGGAUGCGCAAGCGUGAUGCUGGUUCAGCGCCUGCGUUGGGAGAUCGUGUCGCCUAUGUCAUUGUCAAAGCCGCCAAGGGCGCUGCAGCGUACGAGCGGUCCGAGGACCCGAUCUACGUGCUGGACCACAACAUCCCCAUCGACACACGAUACUACCUCGAGAACCAGCUCUCCAAGCCGCUGCUGCGCAUCUUCGAGCCCAUCAUGGGUCCCAAGGCCAACACGAUGCUCACGGGCGAGCAUACCCGUGUCGUCCAGGUGGCAACCUCCAACGUCGGUGCGCUCAUGAAGUUUGCCGUCAAGACCGUCCAGUGUUUGGGAUGCCGCACGCCGCUCAAGGACCAGAACAUGCCUGUGUGCAAGAACUGCAGGCCCAAAGUCGCGCAGCUCUACCACGAGAAGCUGGCGCGCGCCUCGGCACUCGAAGUCGAGUUCGCUAGACUGUGGACGUGCUGCCAACGAUGUCAGGGGUCCUUGUCGCAGGACGUGCUGUGCACAAACAAGGACUGCCCCAUCUUCUUCAAGAGGAAGCGCGCGCAGAAGGAUGUCGAGGACGCGGUCCACGUAGUGCAGCGCUUCGAUACGGCGUGGUGA